AUGAAUACUCCGAUACGACCAAUUCCACAGAAUUUAAGUGAACUCUCCGGAAUGAACAACCCUUUUCUGCAGAGCCCGAUCUCGCUCGGAGCACAAACUGUUUCCCUUCUUCAGUCUCCACUCACUCUCUUCACCCCAUUCGCUUUACCCGGAACACCAACUUCAACGAGAUCGACCCCGUUGAUGGAUAAGACUCAAGCAUCCAGUGCUUUCUCUCCAUAUCACCUUCCAUUGACUCCAAAAAGGACUAAGGAUUUGAAUAGAUACCGAAAAGAGUUCUGCUAUAUUUGCAAUGAUGUGAUCAGUAUCGAGGGAAAGAGGAGUCAAGGUCCACGGCGUCACAUCGUGCAGAAACAUUUGAAAGCAAUGCUCUUUCGUUGCCCUCAUCCGAAUUGUGGACAUGGAAGUGUCUAUGAUCGACAUCAUGUCACAUCACAUAUGAAGCGAAUGCAUGGAGAUCACUCGGAAAAGGUAAUCGUCGGAAGUGAGGAGGCGGAGACAGAGAUUCAAGCUUGGUACGAAAAGUGCUUUGCCCGACCUGAGAGCUUCAGCGAAAACAGAAUGAAUUUGGAAAAUUUCAAUCCAUUAACGUUCCCAACUCCAACCCCAAGUCUUCCACUAGCAAGUCUUCAACUCUCAUUGGCAAUGAGUCCCUUCAGACCGCUUCAAUCAUUGCCGAUCAACAAUCCCUACGUGACACCCGAGUUGACACCAACGAGAAAGCUCAACGGGUUCAUGAUUGGUGAUAUACUUGGGCAA